CCCCCCCCCCCCCCCAAUCUUCUGCACUAUAUGGGAGCAUUUCAAAGAAAGAUAAGUCAUAGUACAAGGAAGACCUGCUGAGGACUGAAGGAUCUUUCCUAAGUGGUGGAGAUACAGGGAAGCAUGGUAGCUGAGUACCCGAUGCAGGAUGUCUUGUAGUGAGAAGAAGGACGCUGAAUUUGCCUACGAGUCUUCAGUUCACAGUGUAAACCUUGUGCUUCGCCUGAAUAGCCAGCGGGAGCAGGGCCUGCUCUGUGAUGUGACCGUUGUGGUAGAAGAUCAGAGAUUCCGCGCACACCGCUCCGUGCUCGCCGCUUCCAGUGAUUAUUUCCUAUCACGUGUUGUGGCGCCAAGCAAUGGGGAGGCCAUCAUCACCCUGCCUGCAGAGGUCACGGUGAAGGGCUUUGUUCCGCUCCUCCAGUUUGCCUAUACCUCCAAACUUCUCGUCAACAAAGAUAAUUUAUUGGAAAUCAAAAAGUGUGCAAAGUUACUGGAGGUGAAUGACAUCGAAGAGGCGUGCUUCGAGUUCCUUGAAUUAAAAUUCUCGGACAUUAAAACAGAAUCCUCGGAAUGUCCCAGAAAGAAAUGCUGCAAGUCUUUUUGUCCCAAGGCGAGUCUUCAACGCCAGCAAGACGAAACGGAACGAGUGGUUAUACAUGAGGUGGAGGAUAUCUGGAGGGAGGACUUUUCUCAAAACCUCAAAUGUCGAACCGAGAUAGAAAACUUAUCCCCUUCCCCAGAAAGUCCAAAACAACCAUGUGAAACUUUUUGCUUUGCCAGAGAGAAUGCUUCCAACUUUCCCUCUCUUUGCCCAAAAUACAGGAAGUUUCAGAAAGCUUGUAGAAGCGGCAGGGUCAGAUCCGUCAGCACAUGUUCCAGCAACCAAGAAACUCAGAGUCCAUCACCAGCACCAUCCAAUGAGAUGUCGGAGGGUACCGCCAGUCAGCCGAAAUCUCAGGUGGAGGACCUCCAGGUUGCCAAGCCGGACAUGGAACUGAAUGCUCUACCUCCACAGGACUCUAAUGUGAUUUAUCAAAACCUUAUAUGUAACGAUGACCAGAUCGUAGCCCCGGCCGUCUACCCUCCAUGUUUCUCUUUAGUCCCUGCACUUCCAGACUUCAGUUCUGUGCCUUUUCAAUGUGCAUAUCCCCCAUUCAGGAACGUAAACUACAUCGACAUACCUAACAAUCCCAGCCCAGCAGUUUUACCAGACAAGGGCAGCAAUGAACCAAUCGACAGCCGGGCACCAAGAACAGACCUGGUACCCAACCCAGAUAUGUCUAGUGCCAAGGAGCCGCAACCCAUUCAAGAACGUAGUAACGUGGAGAGAGAAGUUGCCGAACAUCUCGCGAAAGGUUUUUGGCCUGAGACUUACCCUGCCGAAUUUUCAGGUCAACAACAUAUGGGCGCUCCAAAGCAACUGCAGGAAGUGGACAAAAGGUCCGAAUGCCCGUGGCUUUCCAUUUCUAUUUCCAACGAGACCCCUGAACGGACAUUCACAACGCUCAAUCCGGUAUCGUGCCCGUUUAUCAAUAACAUUUCCAAUGAGGUGUGUGCCGGCAAUCCGGAUGUCAACAGCGAGAACGCGGCUAAAGGAGCAUCUGAAACGUGUCCGUAUGUCUGUCCUAUUAACUUGGAGGAAGAGUCUGAAACCGAUAGCGAGGAAGAUAGUGGGGAAUCUUGUUCUGCCAAAGAACUGGAAUGUGAGAAGCAACUUCCAUUCAACGCACAGAAAAUAAUUUCCCUUUCACGAUAUGACUUCCAGUCCUUGGUAAAAAUGCACAGUCUCACUCCGGAGCAGUUGGACUGUAUCCACGACAUACGUCGACGGAGCAAGAACAGGAUUGCUGCUCAACGAUGCCGCAAAAGAAAACUGGACUGCAUCCAAAAUCUGGAGACAGAGAUACGGAAGCUGCAAACUGAAAAACACCAUUUGCUGAAGGAAAGGGACCAAAUUUUAUCCACAUUGGGCGAAACCAAACAGAACCUGUCCGGACUGUGCCACCAGGUCUGCCGAGAAGCAUCCCUGAGCCGGGAUCAGAUUCAAGUCCUGGCAAAAUAUUCCAGCUCCGAGUGUCCCCUGUCCUUCCUGGUCCCCGAAAGAGGAAAAAUGCUCCUUCAGUGUGAGGCCAUCUUACAGGAAUUUGCAGGAGGGCUAUUAAACAACAUUGAGGCUUCCCACCCCCCCCAAGGAAAAGAAGGCGGCGGCGGCAGUGACGGUGGUGGCAGCUUACAGAACACAAGCCACGUGCAAAUCUCAACCUCCGAACCAGCUUUACUUGGGCGGCCCAGCGCCCCAGCGGGCAUCAAUGAUUUAAGCCAACAAGUGACUGCUAAAUGCACUACUGAUGAACAAAACUAGGAAUAGUCCUACAGGGGUGAUUUUACUUUUGUAACACAAAGCAAUAUUAUAUGAAUUUUUUUUAGCUUAAA